AUGGGCCCCAAGAAAGAUGCCAAAGGCGGCAAGGGCAAGGGAAAGGAUGCCUCAGAUGGCGACGACAAAGGGAAAGGAGGCAAAGGGUUGAAGCCUGCGAAUUCGAUAAACGUGCGACAUAUUUUGUGCGAAAAACACUCGAAGAAAGAAGAAGCUCUAGAAAAGCUUCGUAAUGGAGCCAAAUUCGACGACGUAGCUAGAGAAUUUUCAGAGGACAAGGCUCGUCAAGGCACAUUAUACACAGGAGGAUCCCUAGGCUGGAAAGUCCGAGGAAGCUUACACGGGGAUUUUGAGAAAGUGGCAUAUGAACUCGAGCCUAGCACAACGGGCAAUCCUAAAUAUGCGGAGGUGAAAACCGGGUUUGGGUAUCAUAUUAUCAUGGUUGAGGGUCGAAAAUAA